AUGGAGCGCGAGUAUGUGGGCCACUACGUGGAGUCUGAGAUCCUCAACCACUCAAAGCUGCGCCACCCGCACGUCGUGGGGUUCAGGGAGGUCUUCCUCUCAAAACACCACGUGAACAUCGUGAUGGACUACGCCAGCGGCGGCUCCCUGUUUGAUUACGUGCAGGCGCGCAAGCGGCUUAAGGAGUCUGUGGCGCGGUGGUUCUUCCAGCAGCUGGUGUUUGCCUGCGACUACUGCCACAGAAAGCCGUGCACGUGCGAGGUCGGCCAGUAA